AUGUACGAUUCACUGGGUCUUGGACCUUAUUUGCCGUUGAUCUUGCUCUCUGCAGUUCUCGGUCCAUGUGCAAUUGCACUCUUGCAUUGGACCACGACAUCGGCCUCGAUUCCCGUCAUCAACAAGUAUAGUGGCGAUUUCUUCCUGAAAAAAGCCCAUGCCGAGUUCCUCGCCAACUGCAAAAAGCUCAUCAGUGAUGGCAUUGCCAAGUACAACGGACCAUUUCGGGUCAUGACCACUCUAGGAUCGAGAGUCAUUCUCCCAGCCAGAUUCGCCGACUGGGUGAAGAACUGCAAGGACCUGGAUCAUGUUCAGCUCGUCGCCGAUGAAUACUUUGCACACUAUCCCGGCUUUGAUGGAAACGGAGUUGUUGUUCAUCCCAGCCGGAUGAUGAUUACCGUUACGAAAACCAAGCUCAACCAGAACUGGCAAGUUGAAACCUUUCAACAACACAUCUCCGAACUACUUGAAGACGAAUGGUCCACCAACGAUGGCAACUGGCGGCCCGUUCCAUGGGGUCAAGAUGCUGCUCGCUACAUCGGGCGCAUGUCAUCUGCAGUCUUCGUGGGCGCCGAGCUGGCUCGCGAUGCGCAAUGGCAGCGUCUCAUCCUCAGCUAUACAAUCAACCUGUUCAAUGGCGUGCGGGCGUUGCGCACCUGGCCUCGGUUUACGCGCAAGUUCAUCCACUGGUUCCUCCCUGAGUGUCGGACUUGUCGGAAGCAAUUGGCGUUCGCUCGCCAACUGUUGCAGCCAGUUUUGAACAAGAGACGCCAAGCCAUUGACGAAGCCAUAAACGCAAAACAGUCUCCACCGAUAUUCGACGAUACCAUCGCAUACAUCGAAGAGAUUGCCGCCGGUCGACCAUUCGAUCCAGCCGCGACUCAACUCGCCUUUGCGAUUUCGGCUAUGCACACCACCACUGAACUGCUAAAGCAGACCUUGGUGGAUAUUUGUUUGCAUCCAGAGCUUAUAUACCCCCUGCGAGACGAAGCCAAAGCUGCAAUCGAGCAGUAUGGGUGGACAACUGCCGGCAUGUUUCAGAUGCAACUUAUGGAUAGCGUCAUCAAGGAAUCGCAAAGGAUGAAGCCCGGAUCACUGGUUAAUCUUGAACGCAAGGCUCUCAAAGAUGUUACUCUACCUGAUGGUAGCCUGUUGCCCGAAGGCACAAAUGUGGCCGUGGAUACGGCAAACAUGUGGAAUCCGGACAUCUACAAGGACCCAGCAGUAUACGACGGAUACCGAUUCUACAAUGCUCGAAAGGCUGGGGGCUCGGCAAGCAACGCUGCUCAGCUUGUAUCUGUCAAUAGCGACUUUAUUGCUUUUGGUCUUGGGCCAUCGGUGUGUCCUGGCAGAUUCAUGGUAGCAAACGAGGUCAAGGCCGCGCUGGCUACAAUUCUGAUGCAGUAUGAUGUCCGAUUGCCGCAAGGCAUACGUCCACAGAUCAUAUAUUAUGGGUUUGAAAUGUUGUCCGAUCCCACAACGGUGAUAGAAGUGAAGAGAAGGACAGACUGAGCAGCAUUACAAGUAUGAUGCCCGCUAAAAGCGCUCAAAGUGGCAAGCAAAGCUGCCAUAGUAUUUUUAUUAAUUGUAUUUUUUAUCAAGUACUUAAUUUUUUAUUAAAUAUUUUAUCAAUUCAAUAUUCAUGUC